AUGCAGCUCCUCCGUUCGCUCGUGCUCGUUGCUGUCCUGACGAGUGCGGCCGCCGCCGCGGACGCUCCGGCCGUCGCCACGCCGCAGGCUGAGGCCCCGCAGACGGCGCGCACGCACUUGCGCGGUCUAUUGGCCAAGUUGGUGCCGUACGAGUCGGCGACGCCAGCGCCGGUCAGGGAACUGACAGCCACGUGGGACAAUGGCAGCCACGUCGGUGAGGCCCAAGUGCUUCGGCCGUUCACGGAGAAAAUCGUCGGCGGAGAGACAGUUGUGGUGUUCCACGACCGCCGUCGGAGCGCUGAGGCCACGAUGGAGUCGGCGGUCGUGGCGUUUGACGUGCGCUCGAGUCCGAACUGCGUCGUGAGCGUGUGCGGGGAGCUCAGCAAGUGGUACUUGGGCUCGAAAGAGCAGUGUUUCGACCUGCGCAUUGCGCCCAAGUCGCCCGACCCGCGCGAGAACGGCCUCAUUCGCGGCGUCUCGGCCGCGUACUCGGGUCGUCGCCCCGUGGCGUCGAACCUGUACCUGAAGUUCGACGCGACCAACUUUAUUGACGGCUCCAAGUGUGAGUACGAGAUUCUAUCGGGCAGCAAAACAGUGCGUGAAGAGGAGGUGGCCAGUGGCUCGCAGACCGCUGUGGCAUAG